AUGCCAGAUAACGAAGAAGAGAUAUUUUUAGACGAUGGAACUUUAUUUUAUGAACCACCAUUGAUCAAGCUUAAGCUCUGGCAAUGGUGGUUUUUGAUGGCUCUUAACAUAUUUUUCCUUCUUGCUGGUCAAGCUUCUGCUGUUCUUCUAGGGAGAUCUUAUUACGAUCAUGGUGGAAAUUGUGUAUGGAUGGUUACGCUUUCUCAAACAGCUGCUUUCCCUGUCCUACUAAUCCCAUAUUUUCUUGUCGCGUCAUCAUCCCAAGAACCUUCAUCUGCGUCUCACGGGCCUUCUAUCACAACUGUUUCAUUAGUCUACUUAGGUCUUGGUAUUCUCUAUGCAGGGGAUAACAUGUUGUAUUCUGUUGGGCUACUGUACCUCCCAGCCUCUACUUACUCCGUCAUUUGUGCUACACAAUUAGCCUUUAAUGCAGUUUUCUCUCUCAUCAUCAAUCAUGAGAAGUUCACUGCUUUACUUCUUAAUUCUGUUGUUGUCCUUUCAUUUUCUGCUUCUCUAAUUGGUGUCAAUGAUUCUGAUGGACCUUCGGGAGUGUCUAAGAUAAAUUAUGUUCUUGGAUUUCUAUGUACCCUUGGGGCUUCCGCUCUUUACUCUCUUCUACUUUCCCUAAUGCAGCUUUCAUUUGAGAAAGUUUUGAAAAACAAAACAUUUUCAUUGGUUUUGGAAAUGCUAAUUUAUACCUCAGUUGUAGCUACUUGUGCAUCCGUCGUGGGCCUUUUUGCAAGUGGCGAAUGGAGAACUCUACAGGACGACAUGAAUGGUUACGGUACUGGCAAACUUUCUUAUGUGAUGACCUUGGUGUGGGCAGCUGUGGCUUGGCAGGUUUCCUCUGUUGGUAUAGUUGGCCUGGUUUUUGUUGUGUCUUCUCUAUUCGCUAAUGUUAUCAGUACUUUUUCCUUGACUCUUACGCCUAUUGUAGCUGUCAUAGUGUUUCAUGACAAGAUGAAUGGGGUAAAGGUAAUUGCUUUGCUAAUGGCUCUUUGGGGUUUUGUGUCUUAUAUGUAUCAGAACUAUCUUGAUGAUGCUAAGGUAAAGAAAGAACAAUCUGAUGCUAAUUGUGCUCACGAUGGUUCUUCUUGGUGAUGAUUGUUUGAGUGGAUUUUGAAAGAGGGCUCAUGAACUUGUCUUAUAUUUCGCUAUUGUUG